AUGCUUGAAAAGGUUACUCCUGCAACUACUGAGGUCCCCACUGCGACAGGGCCUCAGGAGCCGGCGUUGGAACAGCAGAAUGGUGUGCGUAUCGCAGAAGCCGUGACCAAGUCAUGGUCUAAAAGCACUUUGAUCCAGGUGUAUAUCUGCAUGUGGCUCAUGUACUUUGUACGAGCGCUCAAUGGAAGCCUGACAAGCAAUCUAGCCCCAUACAUCACCAGUGACUUUAGUAAUCAUUCGCUACUCCCUGUCAUUCAAAUCGUCGUUAGUAUCAUGAGUGCGGCAUGCACGAUGCCAAUUGCCAAGCUGCUGAACCUAUGGGACCGCACCGUUGCGCUAAGUCUCAUGCUCGUCGUUGCUAUCAUUGGCCUUAUCGUCAUGGCGUGUUGCCACAAUAUUACCAUCUACUGCGUUGCACAGGCAUUCAUUACGGUGGGCCUCACUGGCCUCAUAUUCUCGCUAGAUGUGUUGACUGCAGAUACCUCCACAGCCCAAGAUCGAGCCCUUGCCUUUGCCUUCACCUCGUCGCCAUACAUUAUCAUGGCCUUCGCCGGAGCGCCGCUUUCUGCCUCCUUCAACGGGCUCAACUGGCGCUGGGCCUACGGCACGAUAGCAAUUCUCCUCCCCGCGGUGACCGUCCCACUGAUCAUCAUUUGGGAGCUUGCCAAACGCAAGGCCCAGCAGACAGAAACACUAACCCCCAUCCAUGCCGAACGUUCCUUAGCCCAGCACAUCCGCUACUACCUCAUCGAAUUCGACAUUAUGGGCAUCCUCCUCCUGAUCGCCGGCUUCUCCCUCUUCCUACUCGCCUUCGCGCUGGCCGGCUCACAGCCCCAGAAAUGGCAUUCCACGCACAUCAUCUGCAUGAUAGUGAUCGGCGGCGUGACGAUCAUCGUCUUCGCGGCAUACGAGCGCUUCUUCGCCUCCAAGCCCCUAGUCCCCUAUAACCUCCUCGUGUCCCGCACGGUGACAUUCACCUGCCUCCUGAACCUAACCUACGUCAUCGCCGCCGACUGCUGGGCCAGCUACUUCACCUCCUUCCUGCAGGUGGUCUACCACGUCUCGCUCACAGAAGCAGGCUACGUCGUCGCGAUCUCGAACCUGAUCUCCCCGCUGUGGCUCGUGGGCGUCGGCUUCCUAGUCCGCUGGACGGGGCGCUUCAAAUGGCUCCUCCUCUGCGCAAUCCCAGUAUACCUGCUCGCCAUCGGGCUGAUGAUCUACUUCCGCUCCCCGGGCCACAGCAUCGGCUACAUCUGUCUGUGCGAGGUGCUCAUCGGCCUGGGCACGGGGACGAUCAUCGCGCUGGAGCAGACGGCCGUGACCACCGCAACCGAGCACAAUGACUACGCGUCCAUGCUGGCCCUGCUCGGCUGGGUGGGUAGCAUCGGCGGCGCAAUCGGGAACAGUAUCUCCGGCGCGAUCUGGACAAACACCCUGCCCCAGAAGCUGAGGGAGUAUUUGCCUGACGAUACCAAGGCGCAGUGGAAGGAGAUUAAUGAUUCCCUGUAUGUGCAGCUCAGCUAUGAGGUCGGGUCGCCGACGCGUGUGGCUAUCGAGCGCGCGUAUGCCGUUAGUCAGCGCAAUAUGUUGAUUGCGGGGAUUGCCUUUAUGGCGUUGACCGUUGUGUGGGUGUUGGGUAUUAAAGAUGUGAGGGUUAAGGGGAGGGAUAAUAAGGGGAGGGUGCUUUUUUAG